AUGAACUGUCCCUCGCGCAACGACGACAUCACGCUGGAGCAUCCCGACUGGAACCAGAAACCGCCCUUUCUCGCCGCCGACCUCACCACCUGCGAGGACCUGAACGGCAUCGCCAACGCCCGCGAGCAACGCCGCGCCCGGAGCGGUGCCGGGGAUGGGUCCGACGGCCGGGGUGACGAGAUGAAUUACCAGACGUUACCGCGUUUACAACCCGAUCGAGGCGCCCCGUUUCGGGAGGGUGGAACUAUGGUUUCCACCCCCGAAACAAAAAGGUGCAUGGUGGUGACGACCAUACACCUCCCCUCUGGGCCUCCGCGCCACCCGCUCCGCCUCUGGGGCUGGGUGAGUUGGAUCAUGUCCGUCCUUGGCUGUUCGGCCAUCAUCUCUGCUCUCAAGAGCCCCGAGGCUGUUGCUUCGUUCCUCGUUGCAUCCAAGCAAACCGCCCAAUCCAUCGCCAAACACUCCGCCCGCUCCGUCCGCCGCUCGACCUGCCCGACUGGCGGCCUCGGCAACGAGGACGCCUACAACACGCCCUUCCACGUCGGCGCCCUCUUCAUCAUCCUCGGCGUCUCCUUCCUCGCCUGCGCCUUCCCCUCAUCGCCUCCGUCACCCCAGGCGUCCGCAUCCCUCGCCCCUUUUUCUUCGCCGUACGCCACUUCGGCACCGGCGUCCUUCUCGCUACGGCCUUUGUCCACCUCCUCCCACGGCCUUCACCCUCCUCGGCAACCCGUGCCUCAGCUCCUUCUGGUCGAGGACUACCCCGCCAUGCCGGGCGCCAUCGCCCUGGCCGGAAUCUUCCUGGUCACCAUCAUCGAAAUGCGUUCGGGAUCCGUCGACAACGACGACAACCGUGAUCCCGGGCCCUACCCUCUCGAGAUGGCCCCGAGCCGCGGCGCCGCCGGCAGCAUGGGCCGCACCCUCUCCCGCAUCGGACGGGACGAGCAGCAGGCCGGUGACAGGCUUGCCAAGCGCGUUGACGAGGAGAGCCGCGCCGUGCAGCUCCACGCCAACGGCGUCGUGACCCUCUCCCCCGCGCAGCAACACCAAAAGGACAUUCUGCAGUGCAUGAUGCUCGAGGUCGGAAUCCUGUUCCACUCCGUCUUCAUCGGCAUGACGCUCAGCGUCUCCGUCGGCCACGAGUUCGUCAUCCUCCUCAUCGCCAUCGCCUUCCACCAGACCUUUGAGGGGCUCGCCCUCGGCUCCCGCAUCGCCUCCAUCGACUGGCCCAAGGGUAGCCUGCAGCCGUGGAUGAUGGCCCUCGCGUACGGGUGCACCACGCCCAUCGGCCAGGCCAUCGGGCUCGCGACCCAUAGGCUGUACAGCCCGAACUCGGAGUUCGGCCUGAUCCUGGUCGGCACGAUGAACGCCCUUUCGUCCGGCCUGCUUGUCUUUGCCGCGCUGAUUGAGCUGCUCGCCGAGGACUCCUGUCCGACGAGAGCUGGCGCAUCCUUCGGGGCUCCAAGCGCGUCUGGGCUGCCUGCUCGUCUUCUUUGGCGCGUUCGCAUGAGUCUCGUCGGUGCAUGGGCUUAA